ACUUCAAGGAUCCCGAGCAGGGGGAAGACUGGGAGGAGCGAAGGUUUGAGGUCCAGGUGGUCGAGCCUGCGUAAAAACGCACCAAACACACGCCAAACGUUUGCGAAAACGGAGGAAAAAAACUGGAUCGUUGCGGUUCCUGGCACUUCUAUGAAUUAAUAAGAUUUUCCGAGAAAGCCGUCUGGAUUUGUUUCUGGAGAAAUAACCAAACGAGCGGAACGUGCUUCGGAGGUGCGUCGCUACGACCUCCACCUUAAACGGACAAAACGGGACCAAACUGUUCAGGGUGAACCUUAGAUUUUUGGCCAAGACGGCUUGUUUCAUCGACAAGUGGAGAGAUGUUUAAGAAAACCAAGAGUAAAGUGCUGGUGGAUUAUGCGUCAGAGGAAGACGACAUGUCCUGGCACCAGCAUCACUCCUACAAGGACAAAGACAUAGAAGGAGAGGAAGAGGAGGAGGAAGCGGUCACUGCAGUCUCCAAGGAGGCCAAGGUGAAGAAGAUCAUGUCCAAGAAAGAGAGGAGGGAGAAGAAGAUGUUCUCCUCUAAAGAUGACGAGCACUUCUUGUUGACAGGAGUAAAACUUACCGACCGCAGAGGGUCUCACAAGAAGAAUAAGGACGAUGAGAAGGAGAAGGAAAAGAAGGACAAGCCAGAGAAGGGCCACUGCUUCUGGGAGAGCGUUACCAUGACAAUGAGGCAGAUCUCCCCAACUAAAAAACUGGAGAAGAUGGAGGGUUGGGAGCCGCCUCACCUGGAGAACUUAAAUGAGACUGUGACCGAUGACGUCCCAGAGGACAAGAGCCAGAAAGGGGACUCGCCGGUGUCCUUCCCCGACUCUCUAGGCCUACCGUUGGAGCUGGCCUCCUGGGCGGGCCGGGGUCUGGAGGAGGACUCCUCCCGCUAUGCUAAUCUGUCGGACACCAAGGAUUCAACCGCUGCUGUCAGGUGGACAGACCGUGCCAAAGUCAAGCUGGCUGGCAUCAGCAGGAUGAGCAGAGGGAUUGUGUCAGAAAGUGCUUGGGAGGGAUUUAAAUAGGAGCCACAUUACAUUUGAUACCCUUCCCUUCUCACCUGUGUACCAUCAUCCGCUGAACCAAAUUCUUGCUUGUCUCUGUAGUUCUGGACGAAACCGGUAUUGAGAUGUUGUUGUAAAGCCAUGAACACAUGAAGUUUGUCCUUAUUACUUAAGCUUUUACUUCCUUGAAGACAAAAUAAGUGAGUUUUAUCGAUGGUGCCACUUUUUAAUUACUGACAUAAAAUACUACAAAUUAAAGCCUUAAACUACUGUACCAUUUUACUGUGAUAUCCACUGGCCUUGCAGUUAAGUAUUUUAUAUUUCCAAUAAUUGAGGGGAAUGAUUUUUGUAUAAUUAUUGUGGCUCACAGUGGUAAAGAAUUAAUGAAGAAAUAUGGUAACAUGCUACUGAUGACUGUUUCACUUCCUUUCUGUCUAUGCAGUCACAGCAUCUGAGUGAAGAAUGUAAGUCUUGAGCCUGAACAUAAACAUAAAUGUGGGCUUAACAUCUGUGCAAUCAUAAAACAGUGUACAAAAUACUUAGAAUUUGGAAAAGUGUGUGUGUGUGUGUGUGUGUGUGUGUGUGUGUGUGUGUGUGUGUGUGUGUGUGUGUGUGUGUGUGUGUGUGUGUGCUCGCCCAUAUUGUAGUUUUCUGUGUUCUUAAAAGUAAGGACAGGAAGCGAGUUUAUUAAGAGACAUGCACACAAAUAAAUUGUAGUAAACCAAAGUUGGCAUAGAAAAGGACAUUUUAAGUUCUGCUGUUGUUUUGGAUUGUGUAGGGGGAAUGAAUCAAAGCAACUCCCAGUGUCAUGUCUAAAUCCAAUACUGAAUAAUAUUUAUAGAAAUGUGUAACGAUGACCAGAUUAAAGCCAAACUUUGUGUAUGCUAGUUUCCUUAGAAAAGCAGUGCCUCCAUGUACCUGGAAAGUGCCUUGUAUCAAUAGAACAACAUCAUGUGUUUGCUGUAAAUUUGAACUAGACCAUGAGCACAAAGCUACUGAACUCAUCACGAUGUUUAUGCAGGUGCAUCAACCCAGCAUGCACUUGUGCUGCAUCAGCCAGUGAGACGAUAACUGGUUUCCAUUUGAAAUCCCUGGCAACCAAAAGCUUCACCAGCAGAAAUGUUUGUAUGCUACAUUAUAAAAAAACCUAGUAAGUUCUCAAAUGCUGUUUAUUAUGUAUAUUUUAUAAGACUGAGACAAUGUCUUCAUUUUUAUAAUGAUUUUCUUUUUAGGUGAGACUGGUCAAUGCUUUCUUCUUUUCUCCCUUGUUUCAAUCACUCUGCUGAACCUGUUUGAUACUGAAGUCUACUUUGAUGCAGCCAGAAUUGUACACAGAUACAGGUCCACUUCCACAUAUGCCUGUAUCCUGUAUUUAGUCAUUACAACUGGGUCACAUUUCUCAUCAGAAUAAAGGUCUAGUCUGAG